CGCUCUUCAGUGACGUCAUUUCCGGCGGCGCUCUGGCGCUUCCGCCGUGACUCGUUGGUUCCGGCGAGCGGCGAGCGAGGGUGAAAGUGACUUUGAGCACUGCCAUGGCUGAGGACAUCAAGACCAAGCUGGGCCGGUACAAGACGGCGCCGUUCGACAGCCGCUUCCCCAACCAGAACCAGACCCGCAACUGCUGGCAGAACUACCUGGACUUCUACCGGUGCCAGCGGGCGAUGGCGGCCAAGGGCGCCGAUGCCGCCCCGUGCCAGUGGUACUUCCGCGUCUACAAGUCCCUGUGUCCCACCUCGUGGGUGACCACGUGGGACGAGGCCCGUGACGAGGGGACCUUCCCCGGCAAGAUCUGAGCGUGCCCCACCCCCCCCUCUUGGUGACACCGGGCCGAGGGGGGGGGCGCAGGGAGGUGACACUGCGGGGGAGGGGACACGGGUGUCACCCGCGGGGAGGGCACGCGGUGGCAGCGCCAAUAAAGGGUUAAAAACUGG